AUGAAAAACACGCCGGCUGCUAAGCAGCCCGCUGCUAAGCAGCCGGCUGCUAAGCAGCCGGCUGUCAAGCCGCUUGCCGGCUCAAAGGCAGCCAAAUUCAGCCGUGGUCAGUUCGUGGGAGAAACCAGAAGCGCAGAAGGUUACGUCAUUGACAGGGGUGGCGAGUACCUCAUGCGAGCCGGCUUCGAGCCUUCUACGGUACCCAUUGGCGCCAAUGUGUUGGACCCCUCCCGAGAAUAUGAAGGCCUUCUAGAUGGAGCGGGUGAUGACCUAGUGAAGCGCGCUAUAGGCGGAAGAUACGAACCCGUGGGCAUGGAUCAGCUGUGGGGUCGCUCUGUGGCUCUGCUCUUCUCGGCGGGAUGUCACCCUAAAUGCGCCUCGUUCGUGCCCUUCCUCAUUCAGUUCUACAAGAAUGUUAAUGAGGAGGGAGGUGGACCCAAGGUAGAGGUUAUAUACAUAAGCCUCGAUAAUGACGAGGAGGCAUUCGAGAACAGCAGACGAACUAUGCCCUGGCUUUCUCUGCAGUACUCCUCCCCCUUACGGGACAGGCUAAUGAAGAGAUACCGUUUGAAGGUUGAGCCUGUAGGUCUGACAACGACAGGGAAGGCAGCUCCUGAGGGCCUCCUUGCCGCCACCUUCUAUCCUCCGUUAACGCUGGCCCUGUCCCCUCCCUUAGUAGCUGAAGCAGCAGAAAUAUGUGCACUGCGAUGCACGAAAUUUAUCUCUGUUGAUUAA